GUUGUGCAGUCUGAAGUUUCAAUAGACACGCUCAGCUGCAGCUCCUGUAUUUGCAUUUCAUGCAGACUUUGCACGGGGAACCGCGGAUGACUCCGAACUAAAAUACUAAGAAAUACAGGACACUAUUUCGACAAACAAAUGUUUAUUUGAGUUGAUUUAGUGAAUAAUAGUGAGUUUGGGGAUUAUUAGGUGGUAUAUUUCUUAAAAUAACCGUUGUUUGAAAACGUGUAGAUGGGACUAGGUUUCCUGGCGGAAGGCUACUAAUUCCACAGCGCAACAGACUGCCAUCGCACAUUUCAUGAGCUCCAGUCGGGCGGACAGAGUUCACUUUAACGUUAAACCCCGGGAUGCAACAAUUUGCAUUGAAUCGCAUUCAAAUAUCGUGGAAAUAACCGUUUUGCCCGUGGCGUGCGGUCUGCAUUGAAAGACAACUCGCUCCCUUUUUUUUUUUUUUUUUUUUAUUCCCACGGCAGCCGAACUUGUGGCCAUUGGAAGAAGUCAAGAGCAAAUCUAAAAGAUGUCAAUCCUGCCUUUCACUCCCCCCAUCGUCAAGCGACUUUUGGGCUGGAAGAAAGGCGAGCAGAACGGCCAGGAGGAGAAGUGGUGUGAAAAGGCGGUGAAAAGUCUCGUGAAGAAGCUGAAGAAGACAGGACAGCUGGACGAACUGGAGAAAGCCAUCACUACGCAAAAUAUCAACACAAAAUGCAUCACUAUACCAAGGUCUCUGGAUGGCCGUCUGCAGGUAUCGCACAGAAAAGGUCUGCCCCACGUUAUCUACUGUCGUUUGUGGCGUUGGCCCGACCUGCAGUCCCACCAUGAACUGCGGGCGGUGGAGUUGUGCGAGUACGCCUUUCACACAAAGAAGGACGAGGUGUGCGUCAAUCCCUACCACUACGAGAGAGUGGAGACUCCAGUCCUCCCGCCUGUGCUGGUGCCCAGACACACGGAAAUCCCCAGUGAAUUUCCACCUCUGGAUGACUACAGCCAUUCAAUACCUGAAAAUACCAACUUCCCUGCUGGCAUUGAACCCCAGAGUAACUAUAUACCAGAAACGCCACCCCCAGGCUACCUCAGUGAGGAUGGCGAGACCAGCGACCACCAGAUGACCCACAGCAUGGACACAGGCUCACCAAACCUAUCGCCCAAUCCUGUUUCCCCCACACACAAUAACUUGGAUCUCCAGCCCGUGACAUAUUGCGAGCCAGCCUUCUGGUGCUCCAUUUCCUACUACGAGCUGAACCAGCGAGUAGGAGAGACUUUCCACGCCUCGCAGCCCUCGCUGACGGUAGACGGUUUCACCGACCCUUCCAACUCUGAGCGUUUCUGCCUGGGCCUCUUGUCUAACGUCAACCGCAAUGCUGCAGUGGAGCUAACGCGCAGACAUAUCGGUCGCGGAGUACGACUGUAUUACAUCGGAGGAGAAGUGUUCGCCGAGUGUCUCAGCGACAGCGCCAUCUUUGUGCAGAGCCCCAACUGUAACCAGCGCUACGGCUGGCACCCUGCCACCGUCUGCAAGAUCCCCCCAGGCUGUAAUCUGAAGAUCUUCAACAACCAGGAGUUUGCUGCUCUGCUGGCGCAAUCUGUCAACCAAGGUUUUGAGGCCGUCUACCAACUCACCAGGAUGUGCACUAUUCGCAUGAGUUUUGUGAAGGGUUGGGGGGCUGAAUACAGGCGACAGACGGUGACCAGCACCCCCUGCUGGAUCGAGCUGCACCUGAACGGCCCCUUGCAGUGGCUGGACAAGGUGCUCACGCAGAUGGGCUCCCCCAGCAUCCGCUGCUCCAGCGUCUCCUAGGGAACCCAUCUAUGGUAGGGACUGAAAACAACAAAAUGAUCCUUCAGUGACCCACAAGCCUGCUCUUCCCCCCCUUACCAGCUGUCAGUAGCACUUUUUUUUUUUUAUAUACUGGACAUGUUUGAUUUUUGUGUGGCAAAAGGGGACAAGUGCAUUAAAGUAAGACCAUGUUAGUAUGAACUCUGCUUGUUGAUUGUCACUUCUCAACAAGGAGGUGUUUUUGUUGUUCAAUUAAGAGAUUCAUUUAUUGAUUUUGUUCAAUUGUUUUAAUAUUGUACAUAUAGUAUGUCACAUUGUAUUGUUGAAGAAAGAAUCGCUGUCUUUAAAAUCUUGUUUAACCUCCUAUUAUUUGGCUGUCUGAUGAGUGUACCAUUUUUCCCCCCAAAAUUUUAAAACGAGGUGUCUCAGAAACAUAUUGGACAUACUUCCUAUCACCCUAAUGAUAUUUGGAACUGAUUAUCUGCACCACAGAUUCACAUUUUUCAACAUCUUCCCCUUGAUAGAGGGGUGGCUAGAUAGAUAGUAGCUCCGCCCCUGCUGUUAACGCAGCCUUUGCUACUGACACUCCUAUUGCUCACGUCACAAAACCUAUUUGUGUUGUCUCAUAAUUGUCAUGUAGUAGGCAUCCGCAAUAAGGACACCAGAGUCAUCUCACAUGGCUUAAUAUUUGUAUUUGUGUAGACAGUCCAGUUGCUUCCCUACUUUAUAUUCAUGUUUAAACUCUCAGGACUGUAAAAAACACAGCCUCAUUAUAUACAGAAACCAGGGGAAAAGAUUGUCCUAACCCAAAAUGACUUCUAUUUUUCUGGUCAGAGACUUUUUCUCCAUUAAGCUUUUGAUAAAGGGAAAGGUUUUGAUGGCAGCAUGUAAAUAAUAACAGCUCAGCUCAAUUUUUAUUUGUACUAUAUCGUUUAUAUUGUUGUUUUUGACCAUUUUACCUUUGUAAUGUUUUGUCAUAAGGUGAUCAAAGAUGGAUGAGAAAUACUCAGUCUUAGCUUUACUUCUUGCAGGGAGUUCAUUUACUUCCAAAAUAAACACUCCAUUACCUGAACACAGAAAAGAUACAAAACCUUCUUAGAUAAGAUCGUAUUUCCCGGCGUACAAGUCGCACCAGCCAUAAAAUGCUUAACA